AGGAGAAAGAGAAGGAGGUGUGUUUUCAUAGAGAGAGAGAGAGGAGGUGAACCGAGGAUCUGCGUCCAGAAGCCACAACUACCGACCGACUGACAGACAGAGAGCAGAGGACGCACCGGGACAUGACCGGAGGAUAACCGGGAGAUAACCGGGAGGAUCCAGGAAGAGGAACCGAGGACACAUCUGUUGCAGCAGGAGGAAGAGGAGGAGGAGGAGGAGGAAGGUGUGUGACACACAGAAUGGAUCUACUGCUGUGAGCAGCUGCGGACCUGAAGGAGGACACCCACCGGACAGACAGACCGACAGACCGACAUGGCCCACGUAGGCAACGGAGCGACCGGAGAGGACGAGGACUGCUUCGAAGAUGCUUACGACCGAAUACCUGCGGCGAGUCACAUGGACCUGCAGACAGCCAUCCAGGAGACUCAGUGUGCUCUCAAUCUGGUCCUCAACGACAAGUUCUCUGAAGCCCUGGACCUCCUCAAACCAUGGUGGAAGGACAGCAUGUACCACGCGUUGGGUUACAGCAGCAUCCUGGUGAUGCAGGCGACGAUGACCUUCGAACACAGAGACAUUCAGGCUGCCAUGACGACCAUCAAGGAGGCGUUACAGACCUGCCAGAGGUUCAGGAAGAAGAACUCGGUGGUCGGGUCUCUGUCCAGUCUGAUCAGCAAACAGUCCAACCUGCAGGAAGAGGAGAUGCAUGCAGAGAUCUGCUACGCUGAGUGUCUGCUGCAGAAAGCCACGCUGACGUUUGUCCAGGAUGAGAACAUGAUCAGUUUUAUCAAAGGAGGCAUCAAGAUACGAACAAGCUACCAAAUCUACAAGGAUUGUCAGAAUGGGCUGAAUGUCACUCAGGACCUGGCCGGCCAGUCUGAUGCGUUCAAACAGUUUGAGGGCGGAGUCAAGCUGGGCAUCGGAUCCUUCAACCUGAUGUUGUCUCUCCUCCCUCAGAGGAUUUUGAGGUUGUUGGAGUUCAUUGGAUUCUCAGGAAACAGGGGGUUCGGUCUGUCUCAGCUGAGAGAGGGCGCCUCCAGUCAGAGUCUGCGGUCGAUCCUCUGCGCUCUGACUCUCCUCUUCUACAACACAUACGUUUCACUGAUACUUGGAACCGGAGAGGGGAACCUGGUGGAGGCUGAAGCUCUGCUGGAGCCGUACCAGCAAAAAUACCCCAAAGGAUCCAUUAUUCUCUUCUACUCUGCUCGCAUCUCCACGCUGAGAGGAAACUUCGAGAAGGCCCGGGCGCGGUACGAGGAGUGUAUCAGCAGCCAGCAGGAGUGGAAGCAGAUCCACCACCUGUGUUACUGGGAGCUGAUGUGGACUCACUCCUACCAGCAGGAGUGGCAGCAGGCGUACCGCUACGCUGACCUGCUGUGCAAGGAGAGCCGCUGGUCCAAGGCUAUCUAUGUGUACCAGAAGGCGGCCAUCCUCAGUAUGAUGUCAGAGGAGGAGGUGCAGAAGACGGGGGAGGACAUCAUGGAGCUCUUUAAGCAGGUGGAGGGGCUGAAACAGCGGCUGGCAGGGAAGUCGAUCCCGACGGAGAAGUUUGCAGUGAGGAAGUCGAGACGCUACAAAGCUGCUAACCCCAUCCGCCUGGUCAUCCCCGCUCUGGAGAUGAUGUACGUUUGGAACGGUUUCACCAUCGUCGGGAAGAGAGCCGACAGUACCGAGGCCCUGCUGGUUACCAUAGAGACAGCCGAGGAGCAGCUUCGCAACGAUCCCAACCCGUCAGAGUUUCAUCCAGAUGACAGCUGCCUGGUCCAGAUGUUGAAGGGACUCUGUCUGAAGCACCUGGGCAGGUUAUUGCAGGCCGAGCUGUGCUUCACGCAGGUCCUAUCCAGUGAGAGUCGUAUCAGAUAUGAUCACUACUUGGUUCCCUUCACUCUCUAUGAGUUGGGUCUGCUGUAUAAACAACAGGGAGACUUCACCAAGGCCACCACGUACAUUGAAAACGCCAAGACGAACUACAAGGACUACUCAAUGGAGUCCAGACUGCACUUCAGGAUCCACGCGGCCCUCAACAGCCUCAAAGGAUCACCCGUUGGCACCCCAUAAUACUGGAAAACAACUCGGACUGCAGCUGGAAACAACAGCGUAGGAAUCACAAAUCCAGGGAUUUCCCCCUUAACGAAGGAGCGUGUCGGGGGUUCGAUAUCCAUCAGGACUCUCUUAUUCUUCAUUGCUUGCAACCUCAUAUUGUAUGUUAUGUUUCCUUAUUUAUUUUUUUUAAAUUUUGUUGACAGAUGAGAUUAUUUAAACAGGCUCGGGCUUCCCAUCAGCGUUGUGUAAGCUAAUACUGGGAGUUUAUCGGUAGAUGCAGCGCCACGGUUCAAUGCCAAAUGUCAGGUUUAAUCAGCUUACGAAUAGUUAACGAUGGCUCCUUUAUCGGAGUUUCACUCUCGUUCACUCAGACGCUUUGAACAGGAAACAACUUGUUAUAUAUAAGCACAAGGUACGAAAGGGUUUAGCUUUCAAACCACAAGGGGACGCCAAUACGUGACGAGAGAUCUGGGAAAACUAGUCAGUAUACAUCAGACCGGCACAUCGCAAAAAGUCAAGGCCACGCCCCCUUCAGGGGGACAGAAAACAGAAGAUCCCAUAGACUUCAAUACAAUCUGACGUAUGUUUGGAUUGUUAUUUUGACAAGUUUAUAUUCAUUCAUCUCUUGUUAUACAAACGUUUGUUUUAUUCACACGUCUAAUAAUUAUUUAGCGACCUUGCCUGAACCUGAGUGUUGGCGAUAUCUUAAGUGUGAAAGUCUCGGUAAACCCGCUUCACAACAGCUUUUCAUCAUUUGCUCUCCUGUGAAGGCGAGUUUCUUUCCCCCAAAAUGGGAUUGCAGCCUCGGAGAUGACGCCAUGCCAAAGAACGUAUAUUUAAAGAAGU